CGGCGAGUCAGCAAACAGUGUCUGUACGAAUGGUGUCUCCGAGUGCUCCUUGUUCGUCCUAUUAGGACACUGGCCAGCAAUGUGUCCAUAUAAGCAGACAUGGUGUAUUCAGCAGGAAGAAUAUGAGCGCAAAUUUCCAGACACCCUUAGAGAGUGCGCUUGGUCUAUAAGUGUGUGCACUUGACUUACAAAGCUGAUAAUCUGUCCCUCUCCUCAUUUCCUGCCUACCUUCGGGACAUGCAAUAUGACCUACGACCCUGCAGACCUAUAUUUUCGUCUUGGUCCUCACGUGAUUUGUGCAAGUCUGCAAACAAGCCACGAGCAAAUCGAGAGAUCGUGAAGAGAAGUCUGUCUUUCUCACUCGCAAGUGGUCAACUUUAAGGGUUGAAAUCGGCGACUCGUCGUCGUACGCUAGCCCGUACCCAAUCGGCAGCAUCAGAUUACUGAAGGGCGGAUCAUCCCCAUGGGUGCCAUUGUACUGCGUAGUCAGACACGGAUCCAAUGGCCACUGAAAUGACAACUUGCCCACGAAGUCGUUCUUCCCGAAGAGCACGUCUGCCACCCCGCCACCUUGUGUCCCAGGUAGCCACGCCGCGAUGAAGGCAUCGCUCAGGUUCAUCUCUUCGUUCAUGUAGAGCGGGCGGCCCGAGCACAAGAUGGUCACGAUGGUCAAAGAUGGGUACUUAAUCCGGACCUCAUUGAGGAAUUGUGUCUCGGGAACGCCGACAGCUGACAUUCCAAAUUCCAUCGAUGCUGGCCAGUGCCUGUCACCGAGAUACUCUGGUCGCGAAAGAAACAUUCAUACAUGCUGCACAUAUGUAAGUGUCCAGUCCGUUUUGACCUGAGUAUGGGCUUUCUCCCGUGCAGAAGAUGACGCCAUCGUAGCUGUUAAGAUCGGGAAUUUCUCCCUCGCGUAUCUGAUGGAGGGUUGCCGACCCGCCCCUCUCCGUAGCCUUCUUGAUGCCUUCGUAGAUCGAUUCACUCUUGCUCCCGAAAAGGUGGUUGGGGUAGUUGGCACUGCCUUGCCUAUGAGAGCGAUGAGUGUAGGACUGAUUAGCCGGCCAAAUGGCCCAUAGAGAGCUGUGUGUGGUGAUGUUAAGGGCCACGCACUUACCAGUCUUUCGUCCAUCCCCCAUUCUGCAGGCCGAUAUUAUCUGCACACCUCCCAGCGACAAGAUACUUGCCCGUCGUGGACAGGGGUAUAGGUUUGCCUGUCGCUCCUUUGACACCAUUCUUGAGCAUGACCAGAGACUUCUGCACAGCUUCUCGUGCCGUCUCGCGAUGCUCGGCAGCCUCCAAGACCGACAAGUGUCCUGCGCCAGGCCGCUGCGACGGGGGAGCUCGCUCCUUUAUGCCUGCUGCUCGAAGAGUCGGGGUCGUCAUGGCGCCGUAGAGUGCUUUGACUGUGAGAAUUCGUCUAACGGAAUCGUCAAUCUUCUCUGCUGUGAUGUCGCCUUUCUUGGCUGAACUGAUCGUAUGCUGGAGAUACGGCCUCCACUCAUUCACAACCAUCAUUACGUCAACGCCUGUCAAGCGCACCAGAAACCCUUGUAGUGGUCCUUUUUUUCCAUUGCUCUCUGUCUCUUUUUCUUACCUGCUUCGACUGCCUGUUCGCACAGGAACCUCGAGCACCCGUCCACCUCUUCAUGCCCCCACCAAUCACCGACUACCAGCCCGGUGAAGCCCAGGUUCCUUUUUAACAUGUCCCUCAGAAGAAAUUCAUUCCCGUGCGCCUUCACGCCGUUCCACGAAUUGAACGAUGCCAUGAUGGUCUGCACUCCGGCCUGGAUGGAGCCGAAGUAUGGCGAAAGGUGGGUGUCUUUUAACUCUUGCAGCGUCCCACGAAAGUCUGCCCGGUCGAGCCCUCCCUCGGUGCCCCCGUCCCCCCCGAAGUGCUUGGCGCACGCCAAGACAUUUUUUCCACCGAGAAAUGCCGAAGCCGGAUCGCCCUGGAGGCCUGAACAAACGGUUAGAUACGAAAGAAGCUGUCUGUGCGAGCCUAUCGCUGUACCGACGACCAACUCCGUGGCAAGUCUCUCGACGGUGUCUGGUAUCUGCAAGCACAGACAGCAGCACAAGCGUUCAUCCGCACGCACUCGUGAAAUGUUUCCUUACAUGACUGAACGACUCGUACGUUCUUCCCCACCGCCAGUUCUGCGCAACUGCAUGGCUUGGCGCGAACGCCCAGUCAACGCCCGUGGCCACCAUUUCCUUCGCGGUUAUCUUGCCAAUCCUUCGCAUAAGGGCGGAGUCAUUGGCGCACCCUAAACCGAUGUUGUGCGGGAACAAUGUCGCCGUGGGGACGUUGCUGUGCCCGUGGACGGCAUCGACCCCAUGGAGAGGGUGGAUGACCGCGUCGUCAACAUCCGUGGUUGCGUUCCAGUAACGAUCUGAAAGCCUGACCCACUCUUGUGCUGAGUUGUCACCGAUAUCGGCGUCGCCACCCUCGUGGUACGACCCGAUGUAGUUGGCCUUCAUGUCGCUAGGGCUUAUCCCCCACUGGAUAGCCAUUGUCAUUUGCCCGAUCUUUUGUUCGAUGGUCAUCUGGCCGACAACCCGUGCC